CAAGGUAAUAAUUUAUAGUAAAUAUUUUUUAUGUUGUAGAAUGAUAACAAUCGAUUCCCCAAGUUAUCGGUUUCCAAUCAUACGUUUAUAUUCUGGAUUCGCAAUUUUGUUGUUAGCAGAUUUAAUUUCAUCAUUAUUUUUAUGGGUCUCGACAACAGAUGUAGAAAAGCUAAGAAGCUCUAUAAUUUCUUUUGAAAUUAAAAACUCAACUUUUGACUUAGCAUGUAUUGGUUUUUUUCGAGGUUUGUUAAUGAUUAUUACAUUAGCAAAGUUGGAAAAUAUGACUAUUGCAGCAAGUCAAGAUGGCAUCAAAAAUGAAAAGCCACGAAAAUUAAUUAGUUUUUUUGGAUUUGUUAUUUUUCUUGGAACAUUUGUUUAUACUGCUUAUAAAGAUUUAGUAGUAUUGAAAGACAAAAACAGUAGCAGAGGUAUCAAAUUCUAUGCCUUAUGCAUUUCCUGUUUUGUAUUUGGAACUUUGGAAUUAUUGGUAUAUGUGAAGUUCUUAUAUCACUUAAAGCAUCUACAGAAGAUUUAUUCAUGCCUUAAAAAUGAAGAUACAACUUCUAAUUUACCUGCAAAGAAAAAAGUUAAUUUUUUACGCCUGAUGAAAUUGACUUAUCCAGAAUUAUUGAGACUUUUUAUUGGUAUGCUUGGUCUAUUUUGCUCAACUGGAUCAAAGAUGAUUGCUCCAUUAUUUUUUGGUUAUGUCAUUCAAGCAGCAAGUGCAGUUCAAAUGGACGCAUUGAACAAGCAGAUUUUACUCUUGUUUCUUAUAUACAUGAUUGGUUCUGUUGGAGAGUUGAUCAGCACUUGGCAAUUUUCUUUAGCUGGUCAAAGUAUUGUUGCAACACUUCGAAAAAAUCUUUUCAAACAUAUAAUCAAGCAAGAAAUUGCUUUCUUUGACUUAAAUAGAACUGGUGAGUUGACCAAUCGACUUGCAUCUGACACUGAAGUUAUCACAAGUGCUAUUUGUGGUAAUAUUUCAAAGCUACUGGAAAAUAUACUACAAAUUAUUGGAUCUUUAAUUAUUAUGUUAGCUGUAUGUCCAAAAUUGGCAGGGUUACUUCUUGCUGUUGUACCACUAGUUGGAAUUGCUAUCCAAAAAUAUGGAAAUUAUGUUGAAAAUAUGCAAAAAAAGUUACAAGAUGAUUUGGCUAAUGCAGCAACAAAUGCAGAAGAAACAUUAAGUUCUAUGAGAACUGUACGGGGCUUUUCACAAGAGUUGAAGGCUGAAGCAGAAUAUAAUAAAGGGAUAGAUGCUAGUUUCUUGACUGGAAAAAAGUUGUCAUUAGCUUCAGGUUGUCUCAAUAUGUUUUUUGGUGUCGUUGUUCAGGGUAAUCUUGUUUUGGUAUUGUGGUAUGGUGGAAAGUUAGUCAUUGAUGGCGAUAUGAAUAUAGGAGAAUUAUUUUCAUUCAUUAUGUAUUCAUUUAAUUUGAUAUGGCCAUUUGCAAUCCUGUCAUCAGUUUAUGGUGAUUUCAUGAAAGCAGCUGGUGCUUCCAUAAGAAUUUAUGAGCUAUUGGAUAGAGUACCUGAAAUUAAGUCUGGAAGUAUCAUUGUUAACACAAAAGAUAAUAUAACAUUUGAUAACGUUGAAUUCAGCUAUCCAACACGGCCAGAAACAAAAGUUCUAAAGAGUUUAAGUUUUAACAUGAAGCCUGGAGAAACUAUUGCUUUGGUUGGUCCUUCUGGUGGAGGGAAAACCACUGUUAUGAGUUUACUGGAAAGGUUCUAUGAUCCAUGUUACGGAACAAUAUAUUUUGGUAAUCAUGAUCUCAAAUCAGUGAAUCUUGAUAUGUUACGAAAGAAAAUGAGUAUUGUCAGUCAAGAACCUAUACUGUUUGCUACCACCAUUGCAAAUAAUAUUGCUUAUGGUAUAGAUGCUAGUCAAGAUGAAAUAGAAUUUGCUGCCAAACAGGCUAAUGCUCAUGAUUUCAUCAUGUCCUUUGAGGAAGGUUAUAACACCUAUGUUGGUGAGCGUGGAAUCAAACUUUCAGGUGGACAAAAACAGAGAGUGGCUAUUGCACGAGCACUUCUUAUGAAUCCUGACAUUUUACUUUUAGAUGAGGCUACAAGCGCACUUGAUUCUGAAAGUGAGCAUUUAGUGCAAGAAGCUAUAGAUCGAGCAAUGAUCGGAAAAAGAACUGUGUUAGUCAUAGCCCACAGAUUAUCAACAGUGCGCCACGCAUCCCGGGUAAUUGUAAUAAACAAGGGAGUGGUAGCAGAAGAAGGUACCCACGAUGAACUUAUUCAAGCUAAUGGAGUUUAUAAAAAACUUGUACUUCGACAACUUGAAAAAGGGCGUUUACAAAACGAGACUAAUGAUGAUCUUGAUGUCGAUGAACUUGAUUCUAAAAUUUAAAAAGUUGGAUCAUAACAUAGUAAUGAACGAAUAAUUAGCAAAUUUAAAGUUGUUUGUGUCAAGUUUUUGUACUUUAAAAAAAGAACUAUCAAUAAUUUUUUUUAAUGAAAGAAAAUUUCGUUUGUGUAUUGGUUUAUUUGUGCAUAUUUUAUGUGUAUGUGUUUUUUUUUUCUGU